AUGUCAAGAAUUAAUGUGGUCGAGUUCGGAUUCUCUGGUGUUGGAGGGGUACACUAUGCUUUGAAAGAGACCGGUUUGGACUUCUGCGUGGUUGCUGCUUAUGACAUCAAUACGACUGCCAAUAUGAUCUAUGCGUAUAACUUCCCGAACACGCCUCUUUGUCAAAAUAACAUACAGGUAUUGUGGAAAUCUCAGUAUGAUGACAUAAUCAUGUAA